AUGAAGGCUUUUGGAGUGACAUUAUUGACAACAGUUGCUGCUAUUGUAACGACGUACUACUUCCGGUGGACGAAACCACACGAUUUUGUCCGGAAUUUUAACCAGUCAUAUGAUUAUGUUAUUGUUGGUGGAGGCGCGUCAGGUUUGGUGUUAGCCAAUCGUCUGUCAGAAGAUGCUGACGUCACUGUUCUGGUGUUGGAGGCGGGAAAUUCUGAGUCCGAUAAACCGAUUUACGAUAUCCCAUACAACGCUCCCAAAGCACAAAUGACCGAAGCGGAUUGGAUAUACCGGACUGUGCCACAGAAACAUGCGCAUAUGGGUAUGAAAGAGAGAGUUGGUAUUUGGCCGCAAGGGAAAGGGUUGGGAGGGUCGACACUCCUGAAUGGACUCGUCUACAUCCGGGGCAGUCGCCAUGACUACGACACAUGGGCAGCCAAUGGAUGUGACGGGUGGAGCUAUGAUGAAGUCCUACCGUACUUCCUGAAAUCGGAAGACAUGCGCGAAACGGAUGGCUUUGAUGCCGAUUACCACGCUCGCGGUGGGCCAAUUGCAAUAUCGGAUGCCACAAAAUCUGAAUUAGCGGAAGUGUACUUUAAAGCGGCAAAGGAGAUAGGGUUCAAAGUUCACGACUGUAACGGAAAUGACGGUAUUCAAGAUGGCUUCUGUCGGGUUCAGGCAAUCAUUGGAGGAGGGCAAAGGUGUACUGCCGCAAGGGGGUUUCUACAUCCGGUUCUAGGAAGGAGUAAUUUGCAUGUUGCAAUCCAGUCACAUGUUACUAAAAAACGGAAAAACACAUUGUCAUUUGACCAUCCAGCUGUCCGCAAAAUAGUGCUGAUGGGGACACUGGCAGCAUGUGCUGCUGAUGUGGAUGCACUCCUGGUACUGUGGGGGUUUAAAGUUUCCAGAAAGUCUAAUACUACAGAAACUUUCCACGUAGCUGGAUAUCGAGGUAAAGCUGGGCGUUGGUGGAAAAUUCCUUUCAUGAAACGCUUCACCAGAUUGUUAGAAAUGCAGUUUUGUGUCCCUGCUAUUUCCAACAGAGAGUUAACACAUGAUUUGGCGGUAUUAAUUGAGCUAUAG